AUGGCUCCCAAAAAAGGUGACUCAAAAUCUGCUCCCAAAAAGGGGAAAUCUGAGGAGCCAAAGAAGGCUGCAAAGGAUGAUAAAAAGGGAGGUAAAGAAGACAAGCAAGGGGGAAAGAAGGCAGAGGACCCAAAGAGCAAAGGAAAAAGUAAAAAACCUGUCAGUGAAUCAGAGGCAUCUGAGGAGGAUGUAAGUGAGGAUGAGAGCGAAGAAGAGGUUGCACCUAAAAAGGCUGACAAAGGCAAAGGGAAAGCUGCGCUGAAGGGGGCAUCUAAGGCCAUGGCUAUGAAAGGUGGGAAAUCCAAAGCACCUGUGUCUGACGAAGAAGACGAGGAAGAAGAUCUAAGGAAGGCACCCAUGAAAAAAGGCAUGGGUGCUGUGAACUUGAAAAAGAUGACUGGUAAGAGACCCUGCAAUACGUUCUUCAGUAGCUGGGGGUCCGCCAAAGUCCCCAAGAGAACGGCGAAGGUCACCAAGUCAGCCGUCUUCUCCUCUGCAUCAACAAAGAGGAAUAUCUGGAAGACCACAGCCAUCUUCGGCCCGCGGCAGAUACAGAGGCACCAGUUUGCAAAGGGGUCCCACACAGAGGACUCUGUCACCCCUUACUAG